CACAAAACACCCAGCGUUUUCUAAAUGAAUAUAUGAAUUAGGCAAUCAGCGUGCUUCGAUGCCGUACUGGUUGCAUAAAGUAUUGACCGUCUUGUCAUGUAUCUAUGGUUCCAUGCAUGGAUGUUUCUAUUUGUAAUUUGUUGGUUAUGUCUUGUGCUAGACGUGUCGCUUCAAAAAUAAAAAUAUGUUAAACAUUAAUUAGAAAUUAAAUGCUUUUUUAAUUACAGCAAUUAAUAAUAACGGUAUUGCAGCGAAUAUUUUAGUGUACGAGUGCUUUGAGUUAUGUUAGUGUUUUUGUGUAAGCAUAGAAGGAACAUCUUUUACAAUAUGAAGAGUAUUCAAAAGUGAAAUCUAAAAUAUUUUAUAACAAUGGCUUCACGACGUGUUAGAAUUAAAGGUAUUGCUAAUAUUCCUCAAAGAAAGAAAGCAGACGAAAAACCGCUUAGUACACCUGAACAAAUCGAUAUUGUCAAAGAGGAGGCAGUUUUAAAAAAAGAUAAUUCUGAUGGUACAGUACAUUUCAGUGAUUCUGAAGAAAAUUCAAAAAUAGUCACUAGUGACUUAGAUAUUAUCGAAGAGGAAAAAUGCAAGGAUAGACACGAUUCCUUAGAGAAGAAAGCAUUGCUAGAGGAGAAGAAACCAAUAAUAAAGGAAGUUAUAAAACCAGGUACAUUUAUUAGACGCACUAUUGCUAAGCCUAUUAUAAAACCCAACAAUAUUUCAAGAAGGCAACAAUACAAAGUGAUAGACAAAACUGAAGAGAUUAAGAAUAAUCAUGUGGGUGAAACUAAAUUGGAGAUAAUUGCUUCUCAUUCUGAACAAAACAAUGCUAAAGAACAUUCUGACAGUACCCAAAAUAAAGCCAAUUUAAUUCCUAAAAGUGAUGAAAAUUCAAAUAAAAGCAGCUCAGAAAAUUUUUUAAAGCCUGCAAGUGAUAUUAAUUUAAUUUCAAGUAAAGCAAAAAUACAUAAUAGAAAAGAUGAAUCAGAUUCUGACUUAGAAACAGAUGUAGGAGCAAUAAAGGAUGUAAUAGUAGACAAGAAUUUAAAGUAUGGAAAUAGUAGUAAUGAAUACAUUCUUCCUGACAAUAUUGCAGGUUUUAAACGCAUGCGAAAUAGCCUUUCAGAAAGUGCAAAGUCAGGUUCAGAUGUUGAGUAUCCACUACCACCUGCCAGUCCUAAUAAAAUUUUAAGCAGGAGUAGAAUAAAAGCAGUGCCUUGUUUGACUGGUAGAAGAAUAAGUUUUUCAGUCUAUGGCAGUGCUAGUGAAUCAGAAGAUGAAGGCAAAAAUAACUCUAAAAGAAUAAGAAACGAUUCUGUUUCAUCAGUUAUGUCAUACACUGGUGAGGUUCAGACAAAGGGGGAACAACCACCCAGUUCUCCUAAAAAACCUAAUGAAGUUACCACCACGCCAGUCCAGAAGAAGGGCAGAAGAUCAGAUCAGUAUCGAAAAUUUGCAGAAGCAAGGAGAGAGUUUAAUAUGAAAUUUGGUAAAGGCAAACCUGAUAGACAAAAAUUGACUAUGUUGGACUUAAUUUUUUACAACCCUGCUACAAAUCCAAUGAGUCAGAAGAAAGAAAAAAAGAAUGAUACUACUGAAGAAACAGUUACACAAGAAGAUAUUUCAGCUGAAAAUUCAGUGAAUACCAAUUCUGAAAAAAUAGAAGAUCCGGUAGAAAAUGAGCUCAAUAAAGAGGUAAAGAGUGAUGAUGAAGAUGACGUUUUAGCUCCACAAAUAAAAGUGGGGCCUAACGGGGAAAUCAUCGUGGAUGAAAAGAGCCUUGUUGUUGAAAACAAAGAAACAAGAAUAAAUAGAGAAACACUUCAAAAUUCUGCAGUAAUUGAUGGAGAUUUUGACACAGGUUUUAAUGGCUACAAGAAAAACGCAAGAGCUAAAUUUUGGUCAAAAUCGGAAACGUUGCGUUUUUACAAAGCUCUAAACACAAUAGGGACGGAUUUUUCUUUAAUGGCUGAACUUUUCCCCGGUCGAACUCGUAAAGGAUUGAAAAUGAAAUUUAACAAAGAAGAACGAACUAAUCCAAGUUUGAUUGAUCGUGCGCUAACGUGUCCAAUAGAAUUUGACAUGACCAGUCUUCGUUUGGAUUUGUUACGUGAACAGAAAGAAAAAGAAGAAAUGAUGAAAAGACAAGAGGCUUUAGAAGUUCAAUCAAAAGAAAAAAGGCGGUAUACAAGGAAAAAAGGAGGUAGUGUGGCAAAGAAUUUGGACAGCGAUUCUUUAAAACCUGCCGCAAAAUUAACAAAACUUUGUGCUAAGAAAAAGGAUCCUUACACAUGCGUUAAAAAGGGAAUUGCAAGCGUUUGGGAAACAGAUUCUGAAGAUGAAAAGACGAAAAUGCCAGAGAGCGACAGUAGUCCUGAAUAUUCCGAUUCUGAGAGAAGUUUUACAAUUGAAGAUGAGAACAAUUUCAAACAGAUCUUAAUACCGACCCGAUCGGGACGUAUACCAAGACCUGCCCUACGUUUGUCGUAUCCCGAAUCUUAUGGCAAAACUAUAGUUCGCAAGGUUCCAGACUGUCCUAUGGAUCAAAGAAAUUUUGAUUUCUCUCAAUUUGAACCGGGUUCCUUAUUAGUUUUGACUAGUAACGAUCCGACAGGAUUACCGGUGUAUAAAGUAUUCAUGGUGGUUAAUCAAGACGCGCAUCCUGUGGAUUUGAGCGAAGAAGUGCUGCAAUCUAUAGCGAAUGAAGCUCAGCAUUCUGAAAGUUCAACGCUGGAUGAGAAUGUUCCCAAGGUCUCAGAAGAAACUGACCACCUCGAAACCGAAAAAUCUGUAUCUUUAAAUGCGCACUUCAAUCAACAAGCAGAAGAAAUGGAAGUUUCACUGUCCCUCAAAGACUCAGAUUGUACUAAUUUGACUGCAAAUAUUAGUAGCACAGUAUACCAAGAGCAUAAAUUUGUGCUGCCAGUGAACAUGUCAGAAUUGCAUGAUACUAAUUUGACGAUUUCACACACUGAAGAAAUUAAUUUGAAGAAAACAGCGGCACCAGAAUAUGUCCGCGAAGAAAUAAUUGGAAACAUAUGCGAUUCUGUCCAAAAGGAUGAAACUGCACGCAGUAAGGAGAAAGGUAAAAUUCUAAUAAAAGAAAACAUUCUUAUUUCUGCACCGUACAUGCAAAUUCAGCCUGUGAAUAAGGCAGAAGAAAGCUAAAGCAACCUAACUUGUAAUUCUGCAGAUGAAAAUGUAAAUAAACUAUUUUAUUUAUUGAUUAUUUUAAGUUUUGCAUUGCCUUUUUUUCAUAUAUUGUGAAUGUUAUGUAUAUAAAUAUGUCUUUAGUAAUAAUAUAACUAGUACAUGGUA